CAAACAAAGAGAUAUGGGGUUCUUCACAAUGCUCUGUGCAACACUCUGCCUCCCUUUCUUCUUCCUCUGUCUUAAAACAGCCUUCUCAUCCUCUUUACAUGCUUCUUCCUUCUCAACAACACAUCUCUGCUCUGAGGAGGAGGCUGCUGCUUUGUUGCAAUUCAAGACUUCCUUUUCCAUCGAUUCAACUGUUUAUAAUCCUUCUUUAUGUGAGGAUUUUUAUGAUAUUAAAGCAAAUUAUUCUAAGACUGAGUCUUGGAAGGAAGGUAUCGACUGCUGUUCCUGGGAUGGGGUUAGCUGUGAUAAGGUCACAGGUCAUGUAAUCGCCCUUGAUCUCAGCUGCAGUCUCCUUUCUGGCACCUUUCCUUCCAACAGCACUCUUUCUCUCCUCAAAAACCUGCAGAGCCUCAAUCUUGCCUUCAAUGAUUUUAGGCUUUCCAAGAUUCCACCAGAAAUCAGUCAGUUUACUAGACUAAAGCAUCUUGAUAUCUCUUCUUCUCGGUUUUCCGGCCAAGUUCCAGCAGAGAUUGCUCACCUCCCCAAGUUAGUUUCUCUCAAUGUCUCUGAAUUGUUCACUCUUGAUCCUAAUGAUAUCUAUGUUGGGUUUUCUCAUAAAUUGAUCCUUGAAACAACUACCUUGAGAAAUCUUGUUCAGAACUUAAGUGAGGUGAGAGAACUUGUGCUUAGUGGAGUGAACAUGACAUCUGUUAAUCCUCGAUUUUUCAUGAAUUUGUCUUCUUCUUUGACUACUCUUGAUCUUUCCGAGAGUGUGUUAAGAGGAAAGUUUCCAAACAGUAUUUUCCGCUUUCCAAAUCUCAAGACAUUUGGUUUAAGUGGAGAGGAAAACCUCACUAUUGAUCUUCCAAGUUCCAAUUGGAGCAGUCCUCUCCAAAAUUUGUAUUUAAGUCUUAUGGACUGCAGAGGGCGAUUGCCAGAGUCUAUAGGAGAUCUAAAAAAUCUUGUUCACAACUUAAGUGAGGUGAGAGAACUUGUGCUUAGUGGAGUGAACAUGACAUCUGUUAAUCCUCGUUUCUUCAUGAAUCUCUCUUCUUCUUUGACUACUCUUGAUCUUUGGGAUUGGGAGAGUGGGUUAAGAGGAAACUUUCCAAACACUAUUUUCUGCUUUCCAAAUCUCAAGUUUUUUUCUUUAGGUGGAGAGAGAAACCUCACUAUUGAUCUUCCAAGUUCCAAUUGGAGCAGUCCUCUCCAAAAAUUGGAUUUAAAUGUCAUGGAUUGUGGAAGGCGAUUGCCAGAGUCUAUAGGAGAUCUAAAGUCAUUACAAUUUCUAGGUCUUGGCUGCAACUUGGAAGGUUCCAUUCCAGCUUCCAUAGGGAAUUUAUCCCAACUUACUUCCCUAAACCUCUUUUCUAACAAUCUUAACGGACAAAUCCCAUCAUCACUUGCAAAUCUCACACAACUUACCUCUCUUGACCUAUCAUACAAUAAGUUUUCUGGUCCCAUUCCAGCUUUCAUAGGAAACUUAUCCCAACUUACUUCCCUAUCCCUCUAUUCUAACAAUCUUAACGGACAAAUCCUAUCAUCACUUGCAAAUCUCACACAACUUACCUUUCUUGACCUUUCCAAUAAUCAGUUUUCUGGUCCCAUUCCUUUUCAUGCAAGUAGGUCUUCCAAACUAAGCUCUCUAGACUUAUCUUAUAACUCACUUAAUGGCACGUUGCCACCUUGGAUUUUCACCCUACCUUUGUUAAAGGUCUUGGAUCUCAGUUAUAACCAAUUUCAAGGUCAAAUAAAUCAAUUCCAUCAAAAAUCACUCAUACAACUAGAUUUGUCAAACAAUAAACUCCAGGGUUCAAUUCUUAACUCAAUUGCUAAUUUAGUAAAUCUUAGUUAUCUCCAUUUAUCAUCAAAUCAUUUUAGUGAUUUAGUAGUACCUGACAUGUUCUCUGCACUUCAAAAUCUGGAAUCCAUCGGUCUUUCACAAAAUAAUCUUUCUUUGAGAGUCAAUGUUCAUGCCAACUUCACAUUACCCAAACUAACUUAUUUUGACUUGUCUUCUUGUAACUUGAGUAAAUUCCCCAAUUUCUUAAGACAUUCAGAUGGUCUGCAAAGCCUAUUGUUAUCAAAGAAUAGCAUUCAUGGCAAUAUUCCUAAAUGGAUAUGGGAAAACGAUGAUCUCGAAGUUCUUGACCUUUCUCAUAACAAUUUAGAGGGGAAAAUCCCAAAUUGUCUUCCUAAGUCUCUCUCAGUGUUGAAUUUGCAGGACAAUAACUUUGAUGGAAAUAUACCAUUUUGGUUUACAGAGAGCUGUGAAUUAGAAAAUCUCAACUUGCAUGGAAAUCAAAUGGACGGGCUAUUACCAAGGUCUUUGGUGAAUUGUAGCAUGUUAGAGGUUCUAGACGUUGGCAACAACAACAUAACUGAUACAUUCCCUCAUUGGUUGGAAUCUCUACCACAGCUUCAAGUGCUUGUCUUGAGGUCCAACAAGUUCCACGGUUUUGUGGAUAGCGCCAAAGAAGGUCCAUCUUUUCCGAAGUUGCGAAUUCUGGACCUCUCCAACAAUGAUUUUAUUGGUCCCUUACCUAUUCGCUACGUGGAAAAUUUUAUAGCGAUGAUGGAUCCUCACAGAGAUCAGGAUUCCCCUGAAUACAUGGGAACGGGAUCUUAUCAAUAUUCACUGGUAGUGAUAAUCAAAGGAUUGGAGUAUGAGCUGCAGAAAAUCUUGACCAUAUUCACUAGCAUUGAUCUCUCAGAAAACAAGUUCGGAGGAGAAAUUCCAGAUGUUUUUGGAAAGCUUAGUUCUCUCAAAGGGCUUAAUCUUUCUCAUAACAACCUUACUGGUCCUAUCUCACAGUCACUUGGGAAUUUGACAAACCUCGAGUGGUUGGAUCUCUCUUACAACGAGCUGUUAGGGGAAAUUCCGGAUGAGUUGGUAUAUUUGACAGGACUUUCCAAAUUGAAUCUUUCAAAUAAUCAUCUUGUUGGACGCAUACCAGAAGGCAAUCAGUUCAACACCUUUGGAAAUGAUUCUUACGAAGGAAACCUUGGACUGUGUGGAUUCCCAUUGUCAAAAUCUUGUGAUGGAAAUGGGACACAGCCGAGCUCAUUCCAAGAAGAAGAUGAGUUGUGGAGAUUUGGCUGGAGAGUUGUGGCUUUAGGCUAUGGGUGUGGAGUUGUUUUUGGACUGCUGAUGGGAUAUCAUGUCUUCCGUACAGGAAAACCAAAAUGGUUUGUGUCUUUGUUUGAUGGCCGACUAAGUCAAAGUGGCAGGAAGAUGAGGAAAGCCAGAAGAGUUGUUCCAAGAAGAAGCUAGUUGCAGGGUUGAUGUUUUAGACCUUUUGAUUAGUGCUUAAUGAAUAAGUACUCCUUGGGUUUGAAGCUCUUGUUUUAUUGUAAAAUUACAUGUCUGUAUAAAUAAAUAAAUAUAUGUCGUUUUG